AUAUUAUUCCACAAAAUUCCAUCCUCAGUCGAAUCAUGGAGUCGUCUUCCUAUGAGCUGAAUGCCUCCGUAUCAUCGUUGGAAUUUCUCAGUUUAUUCCUCUUUCGUCCCCUUCUUGCUAUCGUCUUCGUCUUCUCCUUACUUAUAUUAGGUUGGUUUUUAGCUUGGAAAUUAGUGCUGGUUCAUGUUCCUUUGGUACAAGAAAUCUUUGGUUUGCGGAAGAAAACCGUCAAGCCGAAACCUGAAAAUCGGGGUCGGUUCACUCAAAUUUACAACAACAUGGACUCACAAUCUUCUGCUUCCCAGUGACUGUAUAGGUAAGCCGUAAGCGUGAUGGUGUCCACUGUCCAGGAUUAGAAGCUGAAGUUUUUGUGCUUUGGGGAGCAUCAGGUGCCAAUCUCUGUAAUCAGCACAUUUAUCUUCAGCUGAUCCUGUUUUACACUUAAAAACUCCUAAUUUUUCCACAUGUAUAGUGCUGUUUCAUCAGUGUGUAUAACAUAUGGGUUAGUGAUUGCAAUGCCAAAAAAUAUUUGCAAUGAAUUAGAUAAUAAUGCAGAAGAUUAUGUAACCAUUUGGAGAGAAAAGUGUCCUCGAUUAUUUCUUAAUUUAUUUUUACUUUUUGUUAAGUUGACAUGUUACAAUUGUAAUUAUAUUGUGGUUUCAGUGUAAGUGGUUGAUGAUUUU